CGGAAGCUGGUUUGUGAUGGACCCGCUGCGUCGUCUUUGUGUUUGCUUGGAUUUCAGGCAGUAAUGUUAGCUACCGUUCUAUGUCUGUGAAAACCAUAAAACACGGAUUGAAGCGUCACUUCACAGCUUAUGGAUCCGAACCGGAUAAUCCAGGCUCUCAAAGGGACCAUCGACCCCAGCCUGCGGAUAGCGGCGGAGAAUGAGCUCAACCAGUCCUACAAGAUCAUCAACUUCGCCCCGACCCUUCUUCAGAUCAUCGUGUCUGAGCAGGUGGACUUUCCUGUUCGUCAGGCAGCGGCAAUCUACCUGAAGAACAUGGUGAGCCAGUACUGGCAGGACAGAGAGCCCUCCGUGGGCGAGGUGGUCUUCCCCUUCAACAUCCACGAGAACGACCGGCAGCAGAUCAGGGAGCACAUUGUGGAGGGUAUUAUCCGCUGCCCCGAGUCCAUACGCGCACAGCUGACCAUGUGCCUACGAGCGAUCAUCAAGCACGACUUCCCCGGCCGCUGGACCGCCCUAGUGGACAAGAUGGGUGUCUACCUGCAGUCACAGAGCAGCGGCAGCUGGUACGGCAGUCUGCUGGCUCUCUACCAGCUGGUCAAAACCUACGAAUACAGGAAAGCUGACGAGCGGGAGCCCCUGCUGGCAGCCAUGCAGAUUUUUCUUCCACGCAUUCAGCAGCUCAUUAGCCAGCUGCUAACUGAUGCGACAAUCUUCUCUGUCCUCAUCCAGAAACAAAUCCUCAAGAUCUUCCACGCCCUUGUGCAGUACUCGCUGCCUCUCCAACUAAUCAACGACACAGUGAUGACUCAGUGGAUGGAAGUUGUCCGAGCUAUUAUGGACCGAGACGUCCCACCUGAGACUUUGGAGGUGGAUGAGGACGACCGUCCGGAGCUGGCGUGGUGGAAGUGUAAGAAGUGGGCCAUGCGUAUCAUCACCAGAGUGUUUGAAAGGUAUGGCAGCCCUGGAAAUGUGACAAAGGAGUACUGCGAGUUUUCAGAGUUCUUCCUAAAAACGUAUGCAGUGGGAAUACAGCAGGUCCUCCUGAAGGUGGUGGACCAGCACAGACAGCAGCAGUAUGUUACUCCACGUGUCCUGCAGCUGUGCCUGAACUACCUCAGCCAGGGGCUGUCUCACUCCCUGACCUGGAAACACGUCAAACCACACAUAAAGAUUAUCUGUCAGGAUGUCAUCUUCCCCCUCAUGUGCUACAAGGACGAGGACGACCGACUGUGGCAGGAAGACCCCUACGAGUACAUCCACAUGAAGUUCAACCUGUACGAUGACCACGCCCUCCCAGCGACUGCCGCUCAGAGCCUGCUGUGUAAAGCCGCUCGCAUGAGGAAGGAGGUUCUUCCUCAGAUGAUGGAAUUCUCUCACCAGAUCCUGGUCGACCCGUCCACUGACCCCCGUAGGAAGGAUGGUGCGCUGCACUGCAUCGGAGCUCUGGCCGAGUUGCUCCUGAAGAAGCGGGUGUACAGGGAGCAGAUGGAGCUCAUGUUGCAGAACUAUGUCUUCCCUCUGCUCAACUCUCCUCUGGGGUACCUACGAGCAAGGUCAUGCUGGGUGCUUCACAACUUCAGUCCACUGCGGUUUCACAAUGAGCUGGUUCUAAGGAAUGCCGUGGAGUUAGUCAAACAGGAUUUGAUAGAUGACAAGGAGAUGCCCGUCAAGGUGGAGGCUGCUAUUGCCCUGCAGACACUGGUCACCAAUCAGGAACAAGCCAAGCUGUACAUCCGCCGUACAAUCCGACCGGUUAUGCAGGAGCUGUUGCACGUGGUUAAAGAGACGGAGAAUGAUGACUUGACCAACGUCAUACAGAAGAUGAUCUGCUAGUACAACCAGGAAGUGGCAGUCAUCCGCUGUACAAUGACACAGAACCUGGCUGAGAUCUUCACUCGGGUCCUUCAGAGUGAAGAGUAUGAGGAAAACGAGGACAAGACCGUCAUGGCUCUGGGCAUCCUCAGCACCAUCGAUACCAUCCUGACUGUGAUGGAGGACCACAAGGAGAUCACUCAGCAGCUGGAGGGCAUUUGUCUGCAGGUGAUUGGCCUGGUCUUGCAGAAGCCCAUCAUAGAAUUCUAUGAGGAGAUCCUGUCCCUGGCUUUUGGUCUCACCUGUCAGACCAUCUCCCCCCAGAUGUGGCAGCUUUUGGGCGUUCUGUACGAGGUCUUCCAGCACGACUGCUUUGACUACUUCACAGAUAUGAUGCCUCUUUUGCAUAACUACGUGACGGUGGAUACAGACAUGCUGCUGUGUAACCCCAAGCACCUGGAGGUCAUGUACAGUAUGUGUAAAAAGGUGCUGAGCAGUGACGCCGGGGAGGACGCCGAGUGUCACGCUGCCAAGUUGUUGGAGGUCAUCAUCCUGCAGUGUCGAGGUCGAGGCAUUGACCAGUGCAUCCCUCUGUUUGUGGAGCUGGUGCUGGAGCGUUUGAUGAGGGGCGUGAAGUCCAGCGAGCUGAGGACCAUGUGUCUGCAGGUGGCCAUUGCUGCUUUGUACUACAGCCCCGCCCUGCUGGUGCACACGCUGGACAGUGUGCACUUCCUCACAGCCCGCAGCCAUCACCGUGCACUUCAUCACCAGUGGAUCAACGACACUGAGUUCUUCCCUCGGUUCCUAGGACUUCACGACCGUAAGAUGUGCAUCAUCGGCCUGAGCGUGCUGAUGGAGCUGCCCAGCCGGCCGGCGGCACUGGAGGGCAUUGCCAGUCAGAUUGUCCCGUCUAUCCUGCUCCUCUUCCUGGGCCUCAAACACCUCUAUGCCUCCCGGCUACUCAACAAACCGGAGCUGAUGGCCCGUGCACACGCUCACCACGAAGAGCAGAAUGAGGAGCUUUCCAGUGACGAAGACGAGGUGAGUGUGAACAAUGCACAGCAGCAGUCCAACGUGUCACCAGGCCAGGCGGGAGAGGACGACGAGGACGAUUACUGGGACGAUGACGGCUUUGACGGGACGCCUCUGGAGGAGUACAGUACACCUCUGGACUACGACAACGGAGAGGACGAGUAUCAGUUCUUCACUUCAGCCCUGCUCAGGAUCCAGAACACCGACGUGGGCUGGUACCAGCAUUUGAUGGCACCAUUAAGUGAUGACCAGAAGAAACAGCUUCAGGAAAUCUACAGCAUCUCCCAGCAGAGGAGGAGCACCGCGGCUAAGGGCCAAUAGGCUGAUGGACGAUGGAUAAGAAGACAGACGCCGGUCUGACUUUAAGUGGAUUCUGGACCAAUGUCAGUCACAAUCCAGAUGAGACGAUUUGACAGAUUCCAAACGAAGCAGGUCCCAGGAUCCUCAGAAGACCAGGUCUCAGGGUGACAUCAGGACUAAGUGAACUACCAGGGAUCAGGAUCACCUUUGGACCUGGUGCACUGCAGAGAACCAGACCCAACUGGGAGAGUGCAGCCGGACACAACCGCCGGCCCGUGUGUGUGUGUCACUGAGUGUGUGUCUUACUGUGUGUGUGUGUGUGUGUGUGUGUGUGCGUGCGUGCGUGCGUGUCUCUUACUGUGUGUGUGUG